AAGGAGAAGAGAUCUACCACCAGCUGAGAAGGCUCGGAGCUUCUCUGGACUGGAGCAGAGCGUGUUUCACUAUGGAUCCAGGUUUCAGCAGGGCUGUGACUGAGGCCUUCGUCAGGCUGUGUGAUUGUGGUCUGAUUUAUCGCUCAGAAGGUUUGGUCAACUGGAGCUGUGCUCUGGAAUCUGCCAUCUCUGACAUAGAGGUUGACUCAAAGCAGCUGUCUGGGCAGACCAUGCUGUCUGUUCCUGGUUAUGAAAACAAGGUGGAGUUUGGAACAAUGCUUACUUUUGCAUACCCUAUAGAAGGCCAAGGUGCAGUGAAGGUGACUCCUGCUCAUGACCACACUGAUUUCCUGCUGUCACAGAGACACUCACUGCCACGCCUCACUGUGAUUGGAGGAGAUGGCACCAUGAGGCCCCCCUGUGGGCAGUGGCUCGAGGGGGUGAAGCGAUUUGAUGCUAGACAGUUCGUUGUGGAUGCCCUGGUUGAGAAGAAACUGUUCAGAGGAAAGAAGAGUCACGCCAUGACCUUACCUGUCUGCAGUCGCUCAGGAGAUAUCAUUGAACCUCUUCUAAAGAAGCAGUGGUACAUCCACUGUGAUGAAAUGGCUAAAAAGGCUACACAGGCUGUGGAGGACAGACAGCUGGAAAUCAUCCCUCACUUCUACACCAAGACAUGGAAGAACUGGCUGUCCAACAUCAGUGAUUGGUGCAUUUCCAGGCAGCUAUGGUGGGGUCAUCAGAUCCCUGCUUACCAAGUGGAGCUUCCUAACUCUACUGACAAACAAGAGACGACUCCUCUGAGCAGCAUGGACCGCUGGAUCUGCUCCAGACUCUACAGCACAGUAAAACAGUGCGAGCAGGCCUUUGAAGCCUAUGAGCUGCAUACUGUCACAUCUGUCCUGUACUCCUUCUGGGUCCACAGCCUGUGUGAUGUCUACAUGGAGUACGUGAAGCCUUUGCUGGUCCAGCAGGGUGAGGGGACCAUUGUCCAGACUGACACAGAGCACAGUGGCAGAUCGAGGCAUAUGGCGGGCAGUGUCCUCUAUCACUGUGUGUCUACGUCCCUGGCCCUGCUCUCCCCCUUCAUGCCCUUCAUCACUGAGGAGCUGUGGCAGAGACUCCAGCCAGUUAGACCUGGAGCUGCAGCCCAGACCAGCCUGUGUUUACAGCUGUACCCCUGCUCCUCUCAGCUGGAACACUGGCAUUUCCCUGAAGAGGAAAGAGAUUUCAUGCUGGUCCAGGAAGUGAUCCGAGUGGCCCGCUCAAUACGAGCUCAGUGCGGCAUGACCAAAGAAAAGCCAGCCAUGUGGGCAGUGUGUUCACCCAGCCAAGCCCAAGUCCUGCUUCACUUUGGGUCAGCUGUUUGGACUUUAAGCCGUAUCUCCAACCUCCAUAUCUACUGUCCUCAUAGAGGAAAUGAGCUCCUCUCUGUCCACUCCACUCCUCCACCUGAGGGAGGCCUCAUUGGUGUGGUGGACCAUGAAUGUCAGCUACACCUUCACAUUCAGAGUAGAACAAACAUUGACAAACAGAUAAGGCAGCUCUCCCAGCGCAAAGACAAGCUUGUUCCAAAGCUGAAGGAUAUCCUCUGCAGAGUCCAGUCUCCAGACUACCUGACCAAGGUUCCUGCUCAUGUCAGGCAGAAGAUGGACAGUAAGAUGUCAGCUUUGCAGCAGGAACUGAAGACUAUUGAGAAGCAGCUAAGGGUCCUGCAGGAGACACAAACAACAGAAUAACUACAGCCAAUAACUGUGUGGACUGCUGGACAUCAGAACUGAUGAACUAUUUAUAAUUUCGUCUGAGCCCAAGAUCUCUACACUGCUUGAAUAAAGGAGACGUUGCAUAAUA